AUGGCGACGUCGGGCCAAGUCAAGCGCUCUUCUUCUCACUUAGAAGCAGCUGACAACAAGCGAACUAAGCACCAUUAUCAUCACCACCACCGCCUCGUCGAACCGGUGACUCUGCCGCUGGCCUGCGAGCCCGCCUUGCAAGAUGACGACAGCAUCGAGCACAUGAUGAACCGGUCGAUAGGGCAUUUCCUUCGAGAUGCGGGAUUUGAUUUGGCGGAUCCAGCUGCUUUGUCCAGCUUCCGUAGCGCCGCGGAAGAAUACCUGCUACACAUUUCCAAAUUCGUUCGCCAGUCCAUGCUGUCCUCACGACGUCUCCAACCAAUCCCACCAGACUUUGAAUACGCGUUGAAUCACCAUCGCAUCACACCCGAUGAUCUCCGUCCCUAUCUCAAGGCGCCUCCAAAGGUCGCGCCAAUCCCCACCCUCCUUCCAUCUCCACCACCUGAGGAUGAAGUAAAACGAAAGCUGCCAUUCUUGAACGCGCUGCGGGGCGAAGAGAGCGAGACGAACAGGUCCUACGUGCCCAAGCACUUCCCCGAUUUUCCCAGCAAACAUACCUACUCUUCCACCGCCGUGUUCACCGAGCGCGACAAUGACCCGCGCAAAAUUCGCGAGCGUGCUGCCGAAGACGGACGACAUGGUGAAGAGGCAUUGCGAAAGUUGGCUAGCGCUGCGUACCGCGAUAGUCCGACCGGCGCGGUCGGGCGGGAUAAGAAGCUCUGGGGCAGGCGGAUGGAGAGUAUGGAGACUAUGUUUGAGAAGACGGUGAAGGGACUGGCCAAGAAGGUACAGAAAGAACCCCUUGCUGCUACAAGUGUGAAUGCUGCUCCCGCGCCGGCCAUGGAGAUUGAUUUCGGCCCGACUUUGGAUGGAGACGUGAAGAUCCGGGCCAAGGCAUCGUCGAACAUGGAGAUGGGGCCCAUUGUCAAUUGCGAGCGAGACUAUUGGCGGCGAACAACGGCAGCCAGCAGACGAGGCGUGGAGGACAAGACGCUGAAGCUGACAAGCGCUGUCGAAGCGGUGGAUGGCCUCCUGGGCACAUGA